UCUGUUUCCCCCCUAUGAGAGGAUACCUAUUGUUCCUGAAAACGCUGACCAGGACCCACACUUCCAACAAAAAUUCCUCCACCCCUACAACAGCAGAAGCAGCGGCAAUAGAGAAGGGUUUUGAUGAAUUGCAAGAUGGAUAGGGCUUGCAGUGGCCCCAGCCCUGCUGAUACCAAAUGCCUUUAAGAUACAGCCUUUCCCAUCCUAAUCUACAAAGGAAACAGGAAAAAGGAACUUAAAAACUCCCUGUGCUCAGACAGAAAUGAGACUGUUACAGCCCGCUUCUGUGCUGUUCCUUCUUGCCUCCGACUUGUAAACAAGACCUAGUAGAACAUGCGAAUGGAAAGUCACAAACCUCUGCGUGUUUGAAAGGAUCCUUGGGACCUCAUGCACAUCUGCGGAAACUGGAUGGAGAGAUUUGGGGAAGCAUGGAUUCUUUAGCCGGUUUACUUCUCUAUGGAGUCAGCUUGCUCCUUUCUGGAACAGUGGAUAGUGCCAUGGACCUGAUCCUGAUCAAUUCCCUACCUCUCGUCUCUGACGCGGAAACGUCCCUCACCUGCAUCGCCUCUGGAUGGCGCCCCCAUGAACCCAUCACUAUAGGAAGGGACUUUGAAGCCUUAAUGAACCAGCACCAGGAUCCCCUGGAAGUUACUCAAGAUGUGACCAGAGAAUGGGCUAAAAAGGUCGUUUGGAAGAGAGAAAAGGCGAGCAAAAUCAACGGUGCAUACUUCUGUGAAGGGCGCGUUCGAGGAGAAGCAAUAAGGAUCCGGACCAUGAAGAUGCGGCAGCAAGCUUCCUUCCUACCAGCUACUUUAACCAUGACUGUGGACAGGGGAGAUAAUGUGAACAUAUCUUUCAAAAAGGUGUUGACUAAAGAAGAAGAUGCAGUGAUUUACAAAAAUGGUUCCUUCAUCCACUCAGUGCCCCGGCACGAAGUACCUGAUAUUUUAGAAGUGCAUCUGCCUCACGCUCAGCCCCAGGAUGCUGGAGUGUACUCAGCCAGGUACAUAGGAGGAAACCUCUUCACCUCGGCCUUCACCAGGCUGAUAGUCCGGAGAUGUGAAGCUCAGAAGUGGGGACCUGAAUGUAACCGUGUCUGCACUGAGUGUAAGAACAAUGGUGUCUGCCACGAAGAUACAGGAGAAUGCAUUUGCCCACCUGGGUUUAUGGGGAAGACCUGUGAGAAGGCUUGUGAGCUGCACACAUUUGGCAGAACAUGUAAAGAAAGGUGUAGUGGACCAGAGGGAUGCAAGUCCUAUGUGUUCUGUCUCCCAGACCCCUAUGGGUGCUCCUGUGCCGCAGGUUGGCAGGGUCUGCAAUGCAAUGAAGCGUGCCAGCCGGGUUAUUACGGGCCAGACUGUAAGCUUAGUUGCAGGUGCACCCACGGGGAGCUGUGUGAUCGGUUCCAAGGAUGUCUCUGCUCUCCAGAACGCCAAGGGCUCCAGUGUGAGAAUGAAGGCACGCCAAGGAUGAUCCCAAAGAUAGAGGAUUUGCCGGAUCACAUAGAAGUAAACAGUGGUAAAUUUAACCCCAUCUGCAAAGCGUCUGGCUGGCCACUACCUGCCAAUGAAGAAAUGACUCUCGUGAAGCCAGAUGGGACAGUGCUCCAUCCAAAAGACUUCAACCUUACGAGUCAUGUGUCAGUGGCCACAUUCACCAUCCACCGCAUCCUCCCCCCUGACUCAGGUGUCUGGGUCUGCAGUGUGAACACAGUGGCUGGGAUGGUGGAAAAGCCUUUCAACAUUUCUGUUAAAGUUCUUCCAAAGCCCCUGAAUGCCCCAAACGUGAUCGACACUGGACAUAAUUUCGCUGUCAUCAACAUCAGCUCUGAGCCUUACUUUGGGGAUGGACCAAUCAAAUCCAAGAAGCUUCUAUACAAACCUGUUAAUCAUUAUGAAGCUUGGCGGCAUAUUCAAGUGACAAGUGAGAUUGUUACACUCAGCUAUUUGGAACCUCGCACAGAAUACGAGCUCUGCGUGCAGCUGGUCCGGCGUGGAGAGGGUGGGGAAGGGCAUCCGGGACCAGUGAGACGGUUCACAACUGCUUCUAUCGGUCUCCCUCCUCCAAGAGGUCUCAUUCUCCUACCAAAAAGUCAAACCACUCUAAAUUUGACCUGGCAACCAAUAUUUCCAAGCUCAGAAGAUGAUUUCUAUGUUGAAGUGGAGAGAAGGUCUGUACAAAUGAAUAGUGACCAGCAGAAUAUCAAAGUGCCAGGCAACCUGACUUCAGUGCUACUUAACAAUUUACACCCCAGGGAGCAGUACAUAGUCCGAGCCAGAGUCAACACCAAGGCCCAGGGGGAAUGGAGUGAAGAUCUCAUCGCUUGGACCCUUAGCGACAUUCUCCCUCCUCAACCAGAAAAUAUCAAGAUUUCUAACAUCACAGACUCCUCAGCCAUGAUCUCUUGGACAAUCUUGGAUGGCUAUUCUAUUUCUUCUAUUAUCAUCCGUUACAAGGUUCAGGGCAAGAAUGAAGACCAGCACAUUGAUGUGAAGAUCAAGAAUGCCACCAUUACCCAGUAUCAGCUCAAGGGCCUAGAGCCUGAAACAGCUUACCAGGUGGACAUUUUUGCAGAGAACAACAUAGGGUCAAGCAACCCAACCUUUUCUCAUGAACUGAUGACCCUUUCUAAAUCUCAAGCACCAGUGGACCUUGGAGGUGGGAAGAUGCUGCUUAUAGCCAUCCUUGGCUCCGCGGGAAUGACCUGCCUGACAGUGCUGUUGGCCUUCCUGAUCAUGUUGCAGCUGAAGAGGGCAAAUGUCCAAAGGAGAAUGGCCCAAGCUUUCCAAAACAGGGAAGAACCAGCUGUGCAGUUCAACUCAGGAACUCUGGCCCUGAACAGGAAGGCCAAAAACAACCCGGAUCCUACAAUUUAUCCAGUGCUUGACUGGAAUGACAUCAAAUUUCAAGAUGUGAUCGGGGAGGGUAAUUUUGGCCAGGUUCUUAAGGCGCGCAUCAAGAAGGAUGGGUUACGGAUGGACGCUGCCAUCAAGAGGAUGAAAGAAUACGCCUCUAAAGAUGACCACAGGGACUUCGCUGGGGAACUGGAGGUUCUCUGUAAACUUGGCCACCACCCAAACAUCAUCAAUCUCUUGGGAGCGUGUGAACAUCGUGGCUACCUGUAUUUGGCCAUCGAAUAUGCCCCCCAUGGAAACCUCCUGGACUUCCUACGCAAGAGCCGAGUGCUGGAGACCGAUCCGGCCUUCGCCAUUGCCAACAGCACCGCCUCCACGCUAUCCUCCCAGCAGCUCCUCCAUUUCGCAGCUGACGUGGCCCGGGGUAUGGACUACUUGAGCCAAAAACAGUUUAUCCACAGGGAUCUGGCUGCCAGGAACAUUUUAGUUGGUGAAAACUAUGUAGCCAAAAUAGCAGAUUUUGGAUUGUCCCGAGGUCAAGAAGUAUAUGUGAAAAAGACGAUGGGAAGGCUCCCGGUGCGCUGGAUGGCAAUCGAGUCACUGAAUUACAGUGUGUAUACAACCAACAGUGACGUAUGGUCCUACGGAGUGCUACUGUGGGAGAUCGUUAGUUUAGGUGGCACCCCCUACUGCGGGAUGACAUGUGCAGAACUGUACGAGAAGCUGCCCCAGGGCUACCGACUGGAGAAGCCCCUCAACUGUGAUGACGAGGUGUAUGACCUCAUGAGACAGUGCUGGCGGGAGAAGCCUUACGAGAGGCCCUCGUUUGCCCAGAUCCUGGUGUCCUUGAACAGGAUGUUAGAAGAACGCAAGACCUACGUGAAUACUACACUUUAUGAGAAGUUUGCCUACGCCGGGAUCGACUGCUCUGCUGAAGAAGCAGCCUAGAACAGCCCACAUCCAUCUGUACGUAAUGUUGCCCCUUCCCAGGCAUGUCAGACCCUUGAUGCCAAGAAAGCCAGCAAGACUCUGCCAAGAGAGGUGACACGGAAUAUAAAAAUGUAUAUAUAUUGCUGUAUGUCUGGGACGUGACCACAGAAACCCCUGUGUGUGAAUCUAUAGGACACUUUGACUCUACUAGGACUGUAUAUACUGUUUUGAGUAAGAAUGUGCUGAACUCAGAAUGCCUGUUUAUGGUUUCAUAUGCAAUAAUAUAUUUUUCUAAAAAUAUGGACUUUACAGGAAGGUGUGCGAGUACAAUUACUAUGAUGCCUAACUCAUUAUCACCCUGGAUGUUUUUGAUAUUUACCUUCAUAGUGAAUGCUAUAAAAUGUUUUGCUGUAUAGAACAAAGAUGUUAAUAAACCUCACACCCACCCUGACAGCACCAGUGAGGAAAGUGGGGGAAAUACGUUAGAUUAUCAGGACAUAGGUGAACAUCUGAAAGGGAUUCUUCUAUCCAUCUCUAAACUUUCUCCCCGACCUGUAGAAGCCAUUUCAAUUUCACUUGGUCAUUGGACACCUCCGUCAUGUGUUUCCAGAGCCCACGAGUCAAUCCAUCUAGAAGGGGACUUAACUCUCUUUCCGUAGGAGUCUAAGGAUCUUUAGAGAAGUACAAGUUUGAUAAAUUAAUGGGAUUUAGUUUUAGUUUCUCUGGUGAUAUUGAUUUGUGUAUUUUAAGAAAUCGAGCAGGAACCCUGGGAUUCUAUUUGGGAGACAUGUGACAUUUGUACCGACAGGACAUCCCUUCACAUACUACACAUUGUACAGUUUCCAUGCUGAUCAGUUGUGAGUUUACAGUUUAUACCGUAGGCACACAUUGCCCUGAGAUCGUACAGUAAGUGAAUAAAUGUCUUGCCUACCUGUUUUUCGUCUGGGAAUGUUUCUCCUAGGUCUUGCCAGAUGUCUUUCAAGUUACCGUCCUCCAGCUCCGUCAGUAAGAUGCCCGUAGCGCAGUGGGUGUGGUACUCCACCAGACAUGCUAGUUCCAGCUCGCAGGACUGGAAACAUCGAGAAGUGUUCUGUCUAGUCCACUUUCUGUGCCUCCAGUAGUGUUCCAGUGUCAACUGAGGGCUUGGAACUGGAAUCUCUCUUAAAUGGGACAGUGUGAAAUCGGUCAACAUACAGCAUAAAGUUCCCUAUUCCUGCCCCUUAAUCCACCUCACGUAUUCAGAAGCGAUAGCAGGGCCCUUUGUUCACAACAGCGUGUUCAGGUAGAGACAGCACAAGCAAGGCUGCUAGCAUACCCUGAAUCAACAGCUGGAAACUCAGUGAAGAGCCCUUGAACACAGGUCCAGAUACCUGUCAUAGCUCCUUUGGCUUUUUACCAUGUGUUGUAGACAUACUCUGGACCGCGCUUAGUUUCAAAGUACAUGGAACUGAACAAGGAUGACCUGAAAAUGCCGAUAAUCCCUUCAAAUUUUGCAUAUGACUUUGGAACAGACUUUUUUUUUCCUUAUAAUAGUCUGACCUUCUUAAUUAUAUAUUACUUAAAUUCAUAAUGAUCUAAAUUUGAAUUAUUUUACUUCACCUCAAGUACAUGACAAGAGACCUGGCUGAGAAGUACGUGGGACAGCAAGAAAAAGAUGUAAGUCACAAUAGGAAGGCAUCCACACAAGCAACGGUCAGAAGGUGACUGGGGUACUUCCGGCACAGAGGCCCUCCUAUUGAUUACACCAACUCACUUGUUCUAUUGGCAAUAAAACCUUUGUGAUUUUGUAGCAUGUCAGCAACAGUAAUAUUGAAGAGUCAUACUUACUUAAGGGUAAUCAAACAGAAUAAAGUCAUGUAGUUUCCACAUUUUGAGAAAGCAAGAAAGAUGGCGCUAACUCCUCAAAAGAAUGAGACAAUUCAGGUAUUGGGAAUGCAGGUUACUGUGUUUAGAAGAUCCAGAUACUGCCUUAAAAAAAAAAUUGUUAUGAAUUAAAAUUCAGUCACAGUACACCAGUUAGAAUAAAAACACAUUACACAAUAGCCAAAUGACCAAAAUCUUUAUGUUAACAGAGUACGCUGAAAAGUUUACAUUUACUUUGUGAGGAAAAUCUAUUCUAUUUAUAUAUGAGACCUAAAAAAAAUUCUGUUGGGUCAAGAUGGUUUUCGGUAUUUGGAGAGAAAAAGAAAUGUACGUCACCGGAGACAUGACCCUGAUGGAGGACACGGGCCCACUGGUUCAACUGUAAACCGCGAUCCACUGUCACACGCGAUCCAUGAAGAAGAGUCGAAAAUUCAAACCAACUUAAUCCUCCCAACUAACCGCCCCCCACCCCACACACAGCUUCUGAAAUAAACUGUGGAAGCUUAACCUUGAACAUGUAAUAAAUAAACCUCAACAGCACUUUUCUUUCUCCUCUUUGAAGAAAAAGGUCAAGAAACAUCCUACCAUCAUAGACCCAACUCUACUGUCAGCAGGAGAGAUGUCACUGAAACAACACUGCAGGGAUUUCAGAUCUGCUCAGGCAAAGUGAUUACUUCUUCCCUUUUAGGUCUUCUUUCACCUUCCAGAGAACCAGCUCCAUGCAGGCGGCAGCACUUUCACUUGAACUGUGACCUCCAAACGGUACAGAAUAUAAAACAACGUGUUAGACCUACAACGACUUCAUCCGUGAUAUACCACAGCGGUUCGCAGAACGAAGCCUUAAGUUCAUGUGUCUAAAAAAUUAACACUGAGCACUUACCAAAAUAUGAUUGAUUCCUUUGUAAAGAUUAUACAUAAGUCUAGAUUAGCAAACAUCUCCCUCUUCCUAUGUAGCCUGUCCUCACAUUGUCACCUUCCCCAUAUACCUCUUUUACAGAGAACAACAAAGCAGCAGGCAUUAGUAAAAGAUCUGGCAAAAAGCCAAAAAUAGAGAGCGCUAGAAAAAGUACAGCUCUCUACACCAAGAAUGACCUCAGAUACAAGUGCAUGAAAUUUACCCAAAAUAUAAAGCCUACAGUUCUAGUGAGAAUAAUAAAUGAUGUAUGAGAUUAAAUGAGAAAAGUCACAUGAUCAACACAUCUAAAAUGGUAUGGUAUUUUUCAUUUGUGUUAUUCUGGAAAAAAAUGGGGUAUUAGAUGUUUGUAUAAGCUGUUUUUUGUGAAGUGAAAUAUUUUCCUGUCUAAGGUUCAAGACAGUUUUCAAUAGAACACAUUACAUUUUAUAAUAGAAUUUUGUAGGAAUUUUUUGAGAUGUAUUUUUAGCAAAACAGACGAAGACCCACUGAGACAACAGCAGUGUCUAACAGACAGAGUGAAAGAAUAAAGACCACACGGUACACUUGGUAUUUUGAUCAGAGGGCCUUCCCAUAUCUUAGGUAUCCUUAGAAACACAGCAUUGUAACAUAAAUUUUAACAUACGCAGAAUUAAUUUUCUUAGACUUCUAUGUUGUGUGAAAGAGGAGCCUACACGGGCACGCAUGAAUGUAGAGAGUAACUAACCUCCAUUCCAAGGCAGACACUGCUCAACUGUGCACAGGGCAAUGCCACUUAUGGGGUAGUUGGUAGCUAUCCUUGCUCUACUUGAUUAACUUGUUUAAUGUUGGGUGUAUUUCAUCAGAAAAAACAUGUUCUGAGAGCAAGAUACACACACCACCAGUAUAAAUCAAGUGCACAUAUGAUGAAUCUAUUGAAUGUGAACAAUUCUUUUUCUAACACAACACACACAAUUUACUCUGGGUGAGAUGACCCACACCCAGUGAAUUCUGGAAUCUCAUUUGAUGAAAAGCUCGUAUGAAAAGGGGUACCCAGCUAAAUUUAGACUGGAAUUAGAUCUCCACACCCACAGAAGUUUUAUACAUGAACUCAAAGGCCAGGCAACUUUCCGAACAAAGAUUUGGCCACCAUUCUCUGUAAUGGUUAUUCUGAUGCCCAUGGAAGAUCCACGAUGACACCAGGCAGUGGGCAUUUUAGUGCUUUUUACAUAACAAGAUGCUUUAGGGUUCUCCACCCUAGGAGAGAAUCCAUACAGAAAAACCCACCUUAAGCACUUCAGGGAGCAGACCUUUUACCAUGAAUCCCAUGGUUUGUUUACUCAAGUCAGACUUAGGAUCCUGAUAUUAAUCAGGAGCAAACAGGCUCUUACCAUUGUCCUGAAUGAUCCUCUGCAGGUGGUCAGCCACUAGACUCUUGAGGGAUCUUUUGUGAGGCAAGCCUAGCCGAUGAGGAAACAGAACUGUCGUGUCCACAACUGAAGUAUGAAUUAGUUGUCAAAUGAAAGAGAAAAUCCUCUCAGAAGCUCUCCCCAAAGAAUAACAACACUGAUCACAGCAACAAUCAUUGUAGAGGGAGAAUAUGCUCCAUGGGCAAGGAAUGUGAGGCAGCUAAGACUAUCAGUCAUUAAGCCCUCCACAUGGAUUAAUCAUUACAACUUGCAGACUAACCUAAUGAGGUAGAUAUUUUAUUGUCCCUUUUAUGAUAUUGGCCCUUUUUGCAGCCAAGGGAACUGCAGCUCUGAGAGAUGAAGAACGGAGUUAGGAGAGUACCUGGAAAUCGAAUCUAAGUGGUCUGAUUUGUGGAUCCACUUUCCUCCUGUGAGCACCACCAGGGGGCAGCAUGUGCAGACAGGUUCCAACCAAGACUCGGGGUAGAUGCAGAGUCACAUUCCCACCUUGGGACUCCGCUGAGGGGGGCACACCUCAACUUAGCACAUGUCCUACCACAUAUGAGUGGUUUACUUGUCAGUGUCUGGGGAGGGGUCAUAGACAAGGACCCUGUCGCGUCUAUGUCCAAAUUUCCUGUGCUUAUACAUGAAAGAUGAUGCAUAAACUUCCACUGAAGUUUCAUACAGCAGAAAUUAAGAUAGAUAAAAAGAAGAGCAGUCAGAUAACUGAGAGCCUAGAAAGUUAGGUACCAGUUUGGAUUCUUGAGGAGGGGAGCUGUAUUUUGAAAGGAGCAUGGAAGAAGAUUAGCUUCAGGAAUAAUUUAAAGUCUCAUUGAAAAAUGAGGAGUUGGAAAGUUAACAUUUAGCACCAGUAUGCCAUGUUUAGAAGCACUUUAAAUUCUCCUUUAAUGUGUCAACUACCAACCAGACACCAGUUCCUGGCUGUGGGGUACUGAAUAAAUCAAAGAAGACAGUGGUAGAAAUAGAGAAGAAUAGGAAAAUCCAAGAGUUGUCUGGACAGAAGAAACAGACUGAUUACAAUGAAGAAUCGUGAUGGUUUAGGAUUUUCUGGUCUAGGACACAGGUGGAAUAAAAUGGUUCCUGAAAAAGGAGAGAAAGUCAUGGUGAGAAGUUCAGUUUGAGACGUGAGGUCUCUGAGGCAACAGAAGGACAUCCCUGGAAGAACUUUCUCAAAGAAAACUUAGGUCUGUCCCCACCUCUCUUUUCACACAGUUUGGUAGGUCUGGGUAGAAGCACAUGUCAGACUUAUCUGUCACAGGCAAACACAACACUGCUAUUGGAAACAAAUCUAUACUUUGAAUACCAGGUGCUUUACAGAGAACAGGGCUGACAUUCACCUAUGAAAUUUAAAUGGCCUUAUUUGUAUUCUUGCACCAAAGAAGAACUAGCCCUUCUCUGCAUGAAGGUAAGUCCUCGGGGUGGCUAAAACAAAGAAUUAGCAAAUGUCUCCAAAGUUCGAGAGCUGUGCUGUCCAAGUGGUAAGCCACCAGCCGCAUGUGGCUGUUUAAAUUUAAUAUAAAAAAUGAAAGAAUCAUUUUCUCAGUCACAUUAGACAUAUUGUAAAUGUUCAAUAACAAAUGUGGCUAGUGUCUACCAUGGUGUAUAGUGAAAAUAUAGAAAGUUCUAUCGGAUACUAGUGUUCUAGAACAGAGGUGGUCACCAAACUCUUAAAAAUGCCAAGCUGUAAAUAUUUUGGGCUUGCAGACCACACAGUCUCUGUCGUAACUAUUUAAAAAUGCUGUUGUAGCAUGAAAGCAGCCACAGAAAAUACAGAAGUGAAUGGGGGCAGUGGGUCUAACAAAAAUAUUUGCAAAAAUAGGUGGCCAGCACUGGCCACAGUGUUCUGACUCCUGUUCUAGAGCAAAGAACAGAUAAUUUUAACCUAAAGUAUAUUAAGGGGCAGAUUUUCAAGUCUAUCAUGCCAAGAAAAAUGAACAUGACAUUUGAUUUUGAGCCUACCUGUAAGACCUACCUGAUUUAAUAUGAAAAAGUAUCUCCAAGUAGGUGAAUAAAAUAACCUGUUAGAUAAACCUAGUCUUACCCAUUCUAAUAUUAAAGACAAUGUCAAACAAUGAUUCUGGCUUUAUCCUAACUAAUGGAUUUUCUUUUUGAUCUGGACGAGACCAAUGACUUUAGCUGCCUUAUACCACUUCUGGUUUAUGAUGGUGGGACUAUAUUAUCAACAUGGACAGCAAUUCUUUUCUUCUUAGUUAACAGGGCAAAUCAACAAUCAGUGAUAAUGCAAUAAUAAGGACUACCAUCUUAACAUAUACUGUUCUGUGAAAGUACAAGGCUGUAAUUCUUUACCUUAAGAGCAUAGAGACUAUGUUCAAAGCUAUGUCCAAUUAGUACAGUGUCAGCACUGAACAGGUUCAACAGGAUGGCUUGGACAUCACGGAUCGAUGUUUUAGUGUUCUUCAGGUCAUCUUCAACUACACCGGGAAACCUGCCCCAGUAAGACACACAAUGCAAGAAGGUAACUCGCUGGAUUUCAUCAAUUAGAGUUAGAACACAUCACUGACCCAGUGUGACAAACACUCACUGAACAAAACAAAGAUCUUACUUAUGACCAUCAGCUAUCCUUUACUAGCUUAUAUUUGUAAAAUGUAAUGUGGAUUAAUUAAUGUAAACCUGGGAGGGGGGAGACAUGAGGAGUUCACAGAGUUCCUCUGAACUCUCUUUGUAUAAUCUGAGCUUUAUCUCCCAUUAAAGUAAGCCUAAAACAGCCACCAUGGAAAACAAUAUGGAAGUUCCUCAAAAAAUUAAAACUAGAAUUACCAUAUGAUCCAGUAAUUCCACUACUGGGUAUUUACCCAGAGAAAACAAAAACACAAAUUUAAAAAGAUAUAUGCACCCCUAUGUUUAUUGCAGCAUUACUUAUAAUAGCCAAGAUGUGGAAGCAACCUAAGUGUCCACUGAUGGAUAAAGAUGUGGUGCACACACAGAGGAGUAUUAUGCAGCAUUAAAAAAGAAUGAGAUCUUACCAUUUAUGACAACAUGGAUGGACCUAAAGGGUAUUAUGCUAAGUAAGUCAGACUGAGCUUUCACUCAUAUGUGGAAUCUAAAAAACAAAUAAGCAAAAAGCAGAACGAGACCUAUAAAUAUAGAGAACUAAUGGUUGCCAGAGGGAAGGGGGAUGGGAGGAUGGUCAAAAUGGGCAGAGGGGAGUGGGAGAUACAUGCUUUUCAUUACGGAGUAAAUAAGUUAUGGGAAUAAAAGGUACAGCAUGGGGAGUAUAGUCAAUAAAAUUUUAAUAGUGUUGUAUGGUGACAGAUGGUAGCUACACUCAUGAGCAUAGAAUAAUAGAUGUUGAAUCACAAUGUUUUAUACCAGAGACUAAUGUAACAUUGUGUGUCUACUAGGCUCAAAUAAUAAAAAAUAUAAAGCCUAAAUAUGAAAUAUGGGUACCAUGGAAGAACCCUAGGCAGAAUCCAGAUAACCUAAGUUCGAACUCUGCUAUGACUCUACUACUUACUUACUAUAUUUGUGGGGUGUUUUUUACUGUUUUAUUUAUUUAUUAAAUUUUUAAUUUUAACUCCAGGAUAGUUAACAUACAGUAUUAUAUUAGUUUCAGGUGGACAAUAUAGUGAUUCAACAAUUCUAUACAUUACUCAGUGCUCAUCAUGGUAAGUGUACUCCUACUCCCCUUCACCUAUUUCCCCAUCCCCCCAUUCCGUCUGGUAACCAUCAGUUUGUUCUCUAUAGUUAAGAGUCUGUUUAUUGGUUUCUUUUUUUUUCUUUGCUCAUUUGUUUUGUUUCUUAAAUUCCAUCUAUGAGUGAAAUCAUAGGGUAUUUGCCUUUCUCUGACUUAUUUUUCUUAGCAUAAUACUCUCUAGCUCUAUCCAUGUUGUUGCAAAUGGCAAGAUUUCAUUCUUUUUAUGGCUGAAUAAUAUUCCACUACAUCUUCUUCACACUUACUAUAUUUGACUUUCAGAACGUUACUUAACCUUCUGGUCUCAGUUUUAUCUGUAGAGUUAAUUACCUAUCUUAAUGUUAUGAGAACAAGUGAAAUACAUGCAGAAAACUACACUAGUGGACUCCACUGAAGCACAUUCUAAGUAACUGUCCAGAAACAUGGCUACUUCUCUGCUUUACUGCAAUUUAGGAGAAAAGCAAGACAUAAAAAUACUGGCAAAGUAUUUUUAACUUAAAGUACAUAUUGAUAUUAUUGUCUCCUGUAAACAAAACAUACAUGACUCCACUUUUAUUUAACAUAGUAUAAGAAGUAUUAGCUAGAGCAACGAGGCAGGAAAAAGAAAUAAAAGGCAUCCAAAUUGGAAAGGAAGAAGUUUCAAACUGUUUGCAGAUGACAUGAUUUUAUAUAUAGACAAUCCAAAGACUCCACCAAAAAACUGUUAGAAUAAAUGAGUUCAGUAAAUUUGCAGGGUCCAAAAAAAUCAAUAUACAAAAGUCUACUGCAUUUUUAUACACUAAUAAUGAAAUUUCAUUAAAAAAAUUAAGAAAAUACCAUUUACAAGCAUCAAAAAGAAUAAAAUACCUAGGAAUAAGUUUAAUCAAGGAGGUAAAAGACCUGUACACUGAAAAUUAAGACACUGAUGAAAGAAAUUGAAGGGGACAUCAGUAAAUUCAAAGAUAUUCCAUGCUCAUGGAUCGGAAGAACACUAUUAAUAUUACCAUAUCACCCAAAGAAGUGUACACAUCCAAUGCAAUCCGUAUCAAAAUUCCAAUGGCAUUUUUCACAUAAACAGAACAAGCAACUGUAAAUUUUGUAUGGAACCACAAGAGAUCCUGAAUAGCUAAAGCAAUCUUGAAAAAGAACAACAAAGUUGGAGGCAUCACACUUCCUGAUUUCAAACAAUAUUACAAAGCUAUAGUAGUCAAAACAGUAUGGUACUGGCAUAAAGACAAACGCAGAGAUCAAUGGAACAGAAUAGAAAGUCCAGAAAUAAACCCAUGCAUAUAUGGUCAAUUAAUCUAGGACAAAGAAAGAGUGAAUACACAAUGGAGAAAGGAUAGUCUCUUCAGUAAGUGGUGUUGGGAAAACUGGACAGCCACAUGCAAAAGAAUAAAAGUGGACUACUAUCUUAUACCAUACUCAAAAAUUAACUAAAAAAGACUUAAAGACUUGACUCUUAAGACCAGAAACCAUAAAACUCCUAGAACAGGCAAAACACUCCUCGACAUUGAUUUUAAUCUUUUUUUUUUUUUUUGGAUCUGACUCCAAAGGCAAUGGCAACAAAAGCAAAAAUAAACAAAUGGGACUACCUUAAACUAAAAAGCUUCUGCAACCAUCAACAAAAUAACCCACGGAAUGGGAGAAGGUAUUUGCAAAUCAUUUAUCCAAUGAGGGGUUAAUAUCCAAAGUAUAUAAAGAACUCUUACAACUCAACAAAAAAAUCCCAAACAAUCGGAUUAAAAAAUGGGCAGAGGAUCUGAAUAGACAUUUUUGCAAAGAUAUAGAGAUGGCCAACAGACACAUGAAAAGAUGCUCGAUAUCACUCAUCAUCAGGGAAAUGCAAAUCAAAACCACAAUGAGAUACCACCUCACACCUGUUAUAUGGCUACUGUCAACAAAAUAAGAAAUAACAAGUGUUGGCAAGGAUGUGGAGCAAAGGGAACCUUCGUGCACUGUUGGUGGUAAUAUAAAUUGGUGUAGCCAACAUACUGCCAGUAUACAGUAUAUAUGGUACAUAGCCGUAUACUAUGCAAAACAUGGAGCUUCCUCAAACAAUUAAAAACAGAACUACCAUAUGAUCCACCAAUUAUACUUCUGAGUAUCUAUCUGAAGAAGAUGAAAGCACUAAUUUGAAAAGAAAUAUGUACUCCAGUGUUUAUUGCAGCAUUACUUUCAAUAGCCACGAUAUGGAAAUAACCUAAGUAUUCAUUGAUGGAUGAAUGGAUAAGAAGAUGCAGCAUAAUAUCUACAAAGAAAUACCACUUAGCUCUAAGAAAGAAAUCUUGCCAUUUGUGACAACAUGGAUGAACCUUAAGGGUAUUAGGCUAAGUGAAAUAAAUCAGAGAAAGACAAACACCUUAUGAUUUCACUUAUAUGUGGAAUCUAAAAAACAAAAUAAAUGAACAAACAAAACAAAACUCACAGAUACAGAGAUCAGAAUGGUGGUUUCCAGAGGGGAAGGCAGUUGGGGGUAGAAAAAAUGGGUUAAGGAGACCAAGAGGUACAAAUUUCCACUUAUAAGUCAAGUGGAUGUAACGUACAGCAAUGAGAGCAAUUAGAGUCCUCUAAUCAUUAAUACUGUACUAUAAAAUUGAAAGUUAUUUAAAAAAGGAAAUCUUAAAAGUUCUCACAAGAAAAAAGUUUUUAAACUUUGUAUGGUGACAGAUGAUAACUAGUCUUAUUGUGAUGAUUUCACAUGCAAAUGACAAAUCAUUAUAUUAUACACCUGAAACUGACAAUGUAUGCCAAUUAUACUUGAAUAGUUAAAAAAAAAAAAGAUACCUGGCUCCAUCAUCAAGCUUAGGGAAUUUGAUAAAUAGUUAAUCAACUCUUUGGAUUAAGAAGAAAUUAUCAUGGAGUACUUGGGCUUACUUUAAAACAUUUUUAAAAAAUUCAAUGCACUGAAUGCAUUUGAAGUUUUUUUGAGACUCAAAAUUAUUUAUAAUGCAAGCCCUUCAGUUAUCAUUUUGUCACUAUGAAUAUCAAUAAUUACCAAAUUAUUUCCAAAAAAGCAGUUAGGAAAGAUUCCAUUAAACCAUGAAAGAAUAAGUACCACUAGAAGUACAGUAACGUUUAGUUACAAUUUUGUUUGUCAAUAUACCCCAAUAAAGCUGGAAAAAAAAAAAACCAAUAAAAUAGGGCUAUUCAAAUGUGGCAAAAAUGAGUAGGGAAAAAAAUCCAAAUAGGUCAGAAGAAAGAUUAGUAUACAAAAUGUAUUUUCUGAUAAUAGCAAUUUUAACUGAUUUUUAUGCAUAUAACCAUUUUUAUGAACUGUGAGGGAAUUUAGGUUUAAAAAUGCUUAUUAGAAUUCUCUAUAAGUAUUCUCAAUAUUUAUCAUCAAAACAACUUUUAAUUUACAUGACCACUUUGUUUUAUUGUGUUCCAAAAUUAUGGUCAUACACACACUAUAUAUGAUACAUAUACUUUAUAUACAAUAUUACAAAAGAUAUUAUAUAUACUACACUGUAUUAUGUAUACUAUGUACAUUAUAUAUAUUAUAUAUGUGUAUGUGUAUAUACAAGCCAUAUUUAUAUGUGUAAACAAAUCACAUAUAUAUACACACACAUAUAAAUGAGUAAUUUUAAGUACUUUUGGAGAAUGUGUUAAAGAAAACUGAACAAUAAAUACAAUAACAUCAAUAAUAAACACUUCUUAUUCUAAAGUACAAAUUUAGAUCCUUGCCAUUUUAUAUUUGAGUAAGUAUAUAAAUAGGUCAUGUUAUAUGGCUUAUAAGCCUUUAGGAAACCCAAAUUCAAUUGAUCAGUGAUAUCACUGGUGUUUCAUACGAGGUUUUUAAAAAUUAAAGGCACAUCUAUAUUGUACCAUUUCAAAGUUAGCACUGAGUUUGGGUGAGAAAUAUGUCAUAUUUUAAUAAUAAUGGUUCACCGAAUAGAAUCUGCACUGCACCAUUACUUUGCAUGCCAUAUCAAAGCCAUGUAUACUCAGGGACAUGUCUACAAGAUUGCAGAAAUUUUUAUCUAAUGGGUAUUUUUACCUAAUGGAAAUGGCUAAUAUCGUAUUUUCAAAAGGAACUGAUUAAUGGUGGAACAAUGAAUAAAAUAGUUUAUUCAAUA